CACAGAUGGUCUUGGCCUAUCUCUGCGCCCCCCCCCCAGGGCUCCGCUGGGCCCCCAUCGCUGUGGCUGUUGUUGCUGGCAUCCUCAUUGUUUCCUGCCUCCUCUGGGCCAUCUGCUGCUGCCGCCGCUGCCGCCACCAUGGGAAGAAGCCCAGAGACAAGGAGGCUGUAGGCCUGGGGAGUCCCCGAGGCACCACCACCACCCAUCUGGUGCAGCCAGAUGUAGAUAACAAGGGGGAGCCCCAGCCUUGGGGGCGCCUGCUGCUCUCCCUGCAGUACGACUUUGGAAGCCAGGAGAUCAGGGUGGGCCUCAGGCAAGUGGCGGACCUGAGGGCCGGGGGCCCGGGCGGCACUGCGGACCCCUACGCCCGUGUCAGCCUCUCCACCCAGGCCGGGCACGCGCACGAGACGAAGGUGCACCGCGGAACACUCUGCCCAGUGUUCGACGAGAUCUGCUGCUUCCGCGUCCCGCAGGCGGAGCUGUCGCGGACCAGCCUGCAGGUGCGGCUGCUGGACUUCAAGCGCUUCUCCCGGCACGAGCCGCUGGGCGCGCUCAGCCUGCCGCUGGGCGCUGUCGACCUGCAGCAUGUCCUGGAACUGUGGCACCAGCUGGGCCCGCCGGGCGCCGCCGAGCCUGAGCAGACGGGGGAGCUGUGCUUCUCCUUGCGGUACGUGCCCAGCUCGGGCCGGCUGACCGUGGUCGUGCUGGAGGCCCGAGGUCUGUGCCCGGCGCUGGCAGAGCCAUACGUGAAGGUCCAGCUCAUGCUGAACCAGAGAAAGAGGAAGAAGAGGAAGACCCACGCCAGGAAGGGCACAGCCACCCCCUACUUCAACGAGGCCUUCACCUUCCUUGUGCACUUCAGCCAGGUCCAGAGCGUGGAUCUGGUGCUGGCCGUCUGGGCCCGGGGCCCGCAGUUCCGGGCCGAGCCCAUGGGCAAGGUGCUGCUGGGCACCCGGGCCUCUGGUCAGCCCCUGCAGCACUGGGCGGACAUGCUGGCCCACCCGCGGCGGCCCAUUGCCCAGUGGCAUCACCUGCGGCCAGCAAGGGAGGUGGACCGGACCCUGGACCUACAGCCCCGCCUACGUCUGCCCUUGCCUGGCUCCUGAAAGGCCCCCGGGCCCAG